AUGUCUAUCCAAGUUAUCGUCCCGGGAUCGCCUUUCAAGGCGUCAGUGGGAGCAAUGGACCGCUUGAAAGGCAAGCCAUCCGACGGCCCAGGUUCCUCCAUCCAGGCCGUCGAGCACGGAAUAGACAGUGUCUCAAAGUCGAGUACCCCCUCGGUGGACGGCCCCUCCCAAGAUGUUUUCCUCCCCUCCGACCAGCAUGCAGAAAGCCCCUCUCGGGACCCCCCCGCUGCAGCACAGCCCUUUUCUUUCGCUCAGAAGUCCCGGCUAGGGGGGCCCGGGACGUCGGUCGCUGCCGCUGUUGUCACAGCAAUCGCGAGCGCGGACCAGCAUCUGUUAGCAGGAGAGGGCGAUCCCAAACGGGUUUUGGAACAGCAAGGGGGGGAGGCAAAGAGGCAAAGGGUUUCGGGUCCAACCGACAAGCGCCAGGUGGCGGCUGAGGAGCCGUCCACACCGCCGGAUCAGCCGGCUGGGUCGGAUGUUUCUAUUGGGGAGAGUCCGCUUGUGUUGGGGCGAGGGGGGGGGAGGCCGCAUGCAAAGAAGAUUGUUAUUGAUACUGACCCAGGCAUAGAUGACGCGUAUGCCAUUCUAUUGGCGCUGCAGUCAUCGGAGUUGGAAUUGCUUGCCCUCACGACAAUAUUUGGGAACGUACGGACGCCGCUGGCUACUUCUAAUGCUCUGCACCUGCUAGAGUUGGCCGGUCGCCCUGACAUCCCUGUCAUUCAAGGGGAGGUCAAGUCUUUGAAGGGAGUAGCCAAAGAGCGCAUUGCGAGUUUUGUCCACGGAGAAGACGGGUUGGGAAACACGUGGCCCCGACCCCCCGUUGGAAAGGCCCUAACGGGCUCGGCCGCUCAGUACCUAGUUGACGUGGUCAAGAAAAACCCUCGGGAGAUAACCAUAGUCGCCCUGGGGCCGUUAACCAACCUAGCGCAGGCGGUUCUGCUUGACCCUAAUUUUGCAUCCAACGUUGGGGAGAUUGUCAUAUUGGGAGGGGCCUUCCUCUCGAACGGGAAUGUAAAUCCGGCGGCGGAAGCGAACAUUCUGGGCGAUCCGGAGGCGGCCGACCUUGUUUUCGGCUGUGGCGCGCCCAUUAAGGUCAUCGGUCUGGACGUGACACGAAACAUACUAAUGACAGAGGUCCAGCUUCAACGGUUGCGCGACUCUGACGGCCCCUUUGGGAAGUACUUACACAACGCGUCCCUCUUUUACCUCAAGUACCACGUCGAAGCCUACCAACAAAACGUUAUCAUGCUACAUGACCCGUCCGUUAUGAUGGCGGUUAUCCAGCCGUCGUUAUUUACAUUUCGGGAAGGCCCUGUUCGCGUCGAAGUGGAAGAGGGCCCCUUCCGCGCCUUGACGCUCGCCUACUUCGGCAACAAAAAAUGGGCAGCCGCGACGCAAUGGUGCAGCAGGCCUUCUGUCGAAGUUGCUGUAGCUUGCAACGUGAGGCAGGUGGUGCAAGAGAUCAUGGACCGACUGUCGAGCCCAUCUCCAGUUGAAGUGUAAAAACAUAAUCUUUGCUAUAAAGCCCUCAGUUGCGAGAAGUGGAAAACAAGCAGCAGAUUAGCUCAUUUUAUUGUCCCAUUAUAUGGUCUGUUGAUCCAAUUUCUCAGUGCUUAUAUAGACUGAGUGAAAAUAGUACAAGAAGAAAGGACCCGCCACUUUUUGUUUACGCCAUCCGUCCUUUGCAAUUUCAAUUGAGCCGUGCCCUUGUGCUAGUCCAUGUUUGUCUUGCACUUCUUCCCAAGUAUAAGCCUGGAUAGGGAAUUUGCAAGUCCCAGUGUGGAAGGCGGGUCCGAUGCACUGGACAGAAGACUUUAACCAGCUCAGGGCAGUGCUCUUCGAAGAGUUCAAACUUCAGAACUUCAGACUCCAGAGUCCCAAGUCCAGAC